GCCAGCUUCAUCAGUGAAUUUCGGCCUGUGUGUACCGCUGGAGAACUGCAGACGCUGAGAUACCCAAGAGAGAUGGUCUCAUGGAGCUUGUCAGUGCGGCGCAGUCUUACUUAUGUUUUCCUUCACAAUGCACUUUAGGAUUUCAAUAAGAUGUUUCUGUGUAUCGAGAUCUUCUUUUUUCUCGCCUUCAACAUCCACGAUUCCGUUCAUGCUCAGGAUUCCUCAUGCUGUCACCAUGCCACAGAUCUCUCACCAUGUAGAGAAGCCUGCGAUCAGCUUUCCACCAUUAAAAGCGAGUCCCGUUUGAAGCACCUGCUGCAGCGAUUACCAAGCUAUUGCCCAGAAUCUAUGAAUGAACUUUGGGUCUGCAUCAAUUCCACAUUACCAGGAGCGUCCAGGAAGUCGGACGGGUGGGUGGGUCUUGGGUGCUGCGAGCUGGCUAUCUCUGCGGACUGCCGCCGGGAGUGUAAGCUGGCAUCAUCCAAGAAUGAUAUCACGAAAGUAUGCAAGAAGGACUCUGAGAAACCUCUCUAUAGCUGCAUCACCAAAAAUGAAAUGGGCUCAGUGUGCUGCAGCUAUGCCGGGAGACACACAAACUGCCGAGAGUACUGCCAGGCCAUCUUCCGAACAGACUCCUCUCCCACCGUCUCUCAGAUCAGAGCUGUUAAGGAGUACUGUCAGAGCGUCAGCCCACAGCUCAUAAGCUGUGUGGGAAACUACACCAAAUCCUACCCAAUCAAGAGCCCCAUCGACAGUCUGUACUGCUGCGACCGGGCGGAGGACGUCCACUGCCAGACGGCCUGCCGGCGCAUUCUGCGCACCAUGACGACGGAGCACGAGAUCAUCGACGGGCUGAUCGCGGAGUGCGACCGGCAGCCCCUCCCCCAGGACCCUCUCUGGCAGUGCUUCCUGGGGAGCUCGCACACGCCCCCCAAGAGCGACCCGGACACCUCCCCCACCGCCAAAAUGGACUGUGCCAAGCUGCAUUGCUGUUCCAAAGCCAAUACCUCACAGUGCAGGGAAAUGUGUCAGGAGAUCAGCACCAACUGGGGCACUCAGACGUGGCAGGAGUUUGACCAGAUGUGCGAAUACAACCCCGUUGAGGCCGACCUGGUCACCUGCCUGGCGGACGUCCGAGAGCCCUGUCAGCUGGGCUGCAAGGACCUCACCUACUGCACCAACUUCAACAACAGGCCCACAGAGCUGUUCCGCAGCUGCAACACCCAGUCGGACCAGGGGGCCAUGAACGACAUCAAGCUGUGGGCCAACGGCACCAUCAAGAUGCCCUUCAUGAACAUCCCGGUGCUGGACAUAAAGAAGUGCCGCCCCGAGAUGUGGAAGGCAGUGGCCUGCGCCCUGCAGAUCAAGCCCUGCUACAGCAAGUCCCGCGGCAGUGUCAUCUGCAAGUCGGACUGCGUGGACAUACUGACCCAGUGCGGGGACCGCAAGAGGUUCCACGAGGGACAGACCCCAGAGCGCAUCUGUGACCUGCUGUCCCCCACCGAUGACCCCGAGCGCUGCAUUCCUCUAGAGAGAUACCUGAGCCCCAGUUCCUUGGGAAACAUCAUUGAAGAGGUGAUUCACCCUUGCAACCCUAACCCAUGUCCUAGCAACCACCUGUGUGAGGUCAACAGAAAGGGUUGUCAACCUGGCCAGGACUGCCUGCCACACUUCUGUGUGCCAGGCUGUAAGCUGGGGGAGGCCUCGGAGUUCCUGGUCAACAUGGACGCCCUGAUCCAGGUGCCCGUGCGCAAUGGCCAGGUGGGCUGCUACGAGGUGUGCACCUGCGGGCAGAGCGGGCGUCUGGAGAACUGCGUGGAGAUGCCCUGCAUUGACACCUCCAAGACCUGCAUCAUUGGAGGCCAAAGAAAAAAUCAUGGGACGUCCUUCAAGGUGGACUGCAACCCCUGCUCCUGCUUUGCGGGGGAGACGAUCUGCUCCACCCGCCAGUGCCUGAGUGUGGACAGCUCCGAGGAUGACCCCAGGCGUUUUACAGGUCUCCCCUGUGGCUGUCCGGACCAGUUUGUGCCCGUGUGCGCCCACAACGGGCGCACCUACCCCAGCGCCUGCGUGGCCCGCUGCGUGGGCCUGCACGACAAUCAGUUCGAGUUCGGCUCCUGCCGAAGCAGCGACCCCUGCUCCCCCAACCCCUGCCAAAAAAAUCAAAGAUGUAUACCAAACCGCAGAGUGUGCCUGACCGACACCAACGAAUUCCCCUGCAAGCAGUACGAGUGCGUGGGCCGGCUGCCCAGCUGCGACAAAACCCAGCUGGACCCAGCGUGCGACACAGCCAACAUGGAGUACUCCAACCUCUGCCUGCUCUACCAAAGAGGGAAGACCCUGGCCUACAUGGGGCACUGCCAGGACGCCUGCAGGAGGCCUAAGCCUGUGUGUGGACACAAUGGGGAGACCUACAGCACGGUGUGCGCCGCCUACUCUGACCGGGUGGCAGUGGACUACCCCGGGCGGUGCCACGCUGUAGGGGCGGUGUCGGAGUACACCUCCGAUUCGGGCUGCAACGCCAUCCACUGCCCUCCCCUCUCCACCAAGGGCUGCAACCCCGUCACUCCGCCGGGAGCCUGCUGUCCGCUCUGUGCAGGAAUGCUGCAGAUACUAUGGAACAAGGACCAGAUGAACACCUUUGCCAGGUUGAAUCACAAUCAGCCGGUGACGGUCCACGACAUCCUGCGGAUCCUGCGACUGCACAUCUCCGUGCCCCAGUGCGACAUAUUCGGCUAUCUGAGCAUCGACUCUGAGAUAGUUGUCCUCGUCGUACCUGUGGACCAGCAGCCCACACCUCUGCAGAUCGAGGCCUGUAGCAAAGAAGCAGAGAAGAUCGACUCGCUGAUCAACUACGGCAGCCCCACGCUGGUGUCCCAUGUCCCCCUGUCCGCGUUCCUCACCUCCGAGGUGAAGAUCUCCACCCUCAGCUCAGCCGGACACCCCGCCGCCACAUCCCUGUCUCUCCACCUGCUCCUCGUCCUCCUUGUAAUCGCCGUGGGCAUCGGGGCUUCGUAGGCGUUCCUCCCCAGCCCGCCACAGGAACCUGCCUCCAACCUCGCACAGUCGCCGCGUCCGACAGGAAGCUUUCCCUCCGCCGCCGUGACAAUCACGAUCGCACCCAAUGGGAUUACUAUCUGCUAAACUAAAAGAGAAGGCUGGAGUUAAUAGUAGCUGCUAAAACACCGCAUGUCACCUUUUUCACUGCUCUUACAUUGAAGGGGAAGUAACCAUACGGUUGUCUUUUUGUUCCAUCUAGUUGUCUUUUUUUUUUUUUGAAGCUGCAAUGGUGUAGCACUUUGACAGCAGGGGAGAGGCCAGGUGGCUGGAUAUCUCUGAGGAAAAAGUCAGGCCUUGUAUAAGACAGGUGCUCUCUCCAACCGUGACAUUUGUCCAAGUCUCAAAGGCCCAAUUAUUUUCCAUCACGUCUCCAGGUUUUUACACAUGUCUUGUUGUAAAUAAGAAAGGCUUGGAGUCAACGAGAUGAAACUGGAAAGCCGACACGUGACAUAUUACAAUCCAUAAGCUCAAAGACAAAAAAAAGGGAUUAAUAUUGUUCCUAUGUAUAGAUAAUCAUCAAUUGUUUUUUUUUCUCUCUCUGAAAUGAAGAAUAAUAGCCAUGUUAAUGAAAAUGACAAUCAUUGCUUAUCCACGUGUGGGUAAUUAUGACAAUACACCUCGCUUAAAGUAUAUACGGAAUUCAUAUAUAAAGUAAUGCAAUAAUUUUAUAAUGUUGAUAAGAAUCCUGAGGUGUUCUAUUUUGAAAUUUAAAAAGGAGGGGGGGGGUUACACAUGUGCCAUUUUAAAUGUUAUUAUUCUUGCAUGAUGACAAUUAUGAAGUGUUUUACUCCAGAAUGUAUUGUGAUGCGUCUCUUGUUGCGUUUGGUUUUGUGUUGUGUGUAUGCAUAUGCUCCCUAUGCCACAUGAAGUGUUUUCCAUUGGUUCAGUAUUACUGUGCUAGGCAGCUUUGUAGUAUUACGCCCUCGCCUCAAGGGGGGGCUCUCCUCUCUGUUUGUCCCUCUGUCUUUACGCUGUGUUUUUAUUUUCCUUAUCAAAGUAAAUGUGAUCAUAUUGCCAAUGUGUAGAGCGUAUAUAAAGAUAGGCACUUAAAGUGUAACUUUAAACAUCUGUUUAUUUCGUCUCGGCACCAACCAGUGCUUGCGCUGAGUAAUGUGUUAAAAUGCCAACAAAUUGCAUAUUUUAUUAAAUAUAAA